UGGUCUUUCUUUGCUUGGCGCCACUGAUAUAGGCACGUUGUUGCCCUCAGGCAGUUCUGUUGCAUGCAAAUGCUCCAUUACCAUUUUUCUUCACCUUUCCCCUUCAGACGAACACGGAUUCCUGCCAGCCUUUUUUCGUAAUUCCUUUUUUUAGGGCAUUUGGUCGGCGCUUGUUUAUGUAAUUGUUUUGGUUAUUUUGACUUCAUGAUGCCUGCCCGCCAACUUCCUCCCAGUCACUUGAAGGUCCCUCCUACGCCGACAUCGUAUCCACAGAGGUUUCUGGGUCAAGAGACGGUCGUGGUGAAUCACUACGCAAAUACCGACAAGCUCAUUCCUGCGAUUCCAGGGUUUCGAACGAGUGCGGCUUUUCUUACCUCGCUGAGUGCGAAUCUGCGAAUCGAUCCUGAUCUUCCGUCUCCGCUCGGCACACCGAAUAGCUUCAGACCGCACAACGCUCACCUCCCACUUCCGCCUCCAUCGCCGCUGUCGUUCCACACGAUAUCGCACUACAACAACCCGUACCCGUCGCCCGCAGCAACAGAAAUCAUGUCUUCGCGCGAGGCGCCUGUGCCUGCGGUUCCUUCUAACGAGCUCCCGUCCCUCACGACAUACACCGCAGAGUCCGAAGAUGACCGCAUCGAUGGCUUGAAGCUUGUCGCCGAUUCAGUCGCUCAGCAACGCCAGGUCGCGAGCAAGAUGCUCAUCUUCCACCCUGUCAAUCUAGCGGCGUACUUCUUGGUCAUUGCGAUUCUGGCCCAGCGCAUGUGGCAUACGACAGACGACCUAUACCUCCUCGGCACUACAAUCGGCGGUAUCACAAUGGCGUGUCUGACCGCCGUGCGUUUCGCAACCGGCGGGUACCUCACGCUCGCGGAGGAGAUCAAUUGGGACUGGCUGGGCGACGACAGACUGAUCGUCGUGAAAUGGGGCGAGGAAGUCAUCGGAGCUUUGGUGCUGGGCUGGGCAGAUGCAGAGGCUGCGAAGAAGCUGCGCGGUGGGAGGAGGCGCAGGGGGAAAGCGGUUGUACGGGCUUGGACAGUCAAGCUGAAGUACAGGGGAAAGGGGGUGGGUGAAGGAUUGUUGGAGGAGGCGGUAAAGGUGGCCGGGGAGAGGGGCGCGGAUGGGAUUGUGUUUGAGAGGGACCAUGCUAAUUCGAAGAGGAUUCUCCCCGGUCUCUAUAACGGGUUCCUGAAUAAGAAGGAAGCGCGGGCGGAGAAAAGGCUUGAGAAGGUCGCGGAUGAGAAGGGAAAUUUCAGACAGCGGCGUUCGUCUCCUACUUGGGGCAGCAGAUAGACUCUGCGUCUAUCUGCGUCUUCACCCAUCACGACAGCUUAGCACGGCGAGCAUUGUUUCAGGGCGGUUUUCCAUUCCAAGAGAUACCCUCACUUCGCAUAGAACCCUCGUUCAGCGUCCAUAUCAAUCCAUCACUAUUUACAC